UGUCUCCAAACGUAGGUCGUUCGAGUCAGUGGUACUUAGAUUAUUGAUCGGUCGAAAUCAAAACUCAAGAUGAGUAAUCCCAACACCAACAUUCUUUACCUGUUCGAUCGACCAGCUGAGCCGGUCUUCGUCCCGAAAGGCGAGAAGAAGGUCGCCUUCGACAUUCCUGCUAGUUACUUGAUGGACAAAUAUCAAAACAUAGCUGUUGACGUUAUUAACCGUUUUGCCGAUGACACGGAUUCAAAACUUCCGAUCCGUGAGAUCCGUAUUCCAGACAUCAGUCUCCCUCUGACAUUGGAUCGACGUGCUCCAUUUUCGCUUUUCCUUCCAUCCCAUCGCAAAAUGGCUGCAAGGCUGAUCGAAGUUUUCAUGGGAAUGCGAACCUACGAUGAUUUCUUGUCAGCCUCGGUCUACUGCAGAGACCGAGUGAACACCAACAUGUUCAUCUACUGUCUCUCCGUCGCGAUUCUUCAUCGGCCUGAUACCAAGAACUUGCCAAUUCCACCGUUGUCCGAAGUCUUUCCAGAGAAAUUUAUGGACAGUAGUAUUUUCGCGCGUGCCAAGGAAGAAGCUAACUUGGUCCCAACCGGCUCUCGUCAACCUAUAGUUAUCCCGAAAGAUUACACUGCCUCUGAUCUUGACGAGGAACACCGCGUCGCCUACUUCAGGGAAGACUUGGGAAUCAAUCUUCACCACUGGCAUUGGCAUCUCGUUUACCCUUUCGAAGCUGCGAGAGAAAUUGUCGACAAGGAUAGACGUGGUGAACUGUUUUACUACAUGCACCAGCAAAUCAUGGCUCGAUACAACUUGGAGCGUUUGUGCAACAAUUUACCACGUGUAAAGCGCCUAAACAACUGGCAGGAUCCAAUUCCGGAAGGAUACUUCCCGAAGUUGGACUCCCUCGUGGCUAGCAGAACCUGGCCAGCUCGAACCGCUGGAUCGACCCUGAAAGACAUUAAUAGACAAGUGGAUCAAGUCAACUUGGACAUACAAGACUUGGCGCGAUGGAGGGACCGCAUAUUCAAUGCUAUCCAUGAGGGAGUCGUCAAGGACAGCCGCGAACAACGAGUUGAAUUGACCGAAAACGAGGGCAUCAACGUCCUGGGUAACAUGAUCGAGGCCAGUAUCUUGUCGCCGAACCGAAAUCUCUACGGUGAUAUGCACAACAUGGGACACGUCGCCAUUUCCUUCUGCCACGAUCCGGACCAUCGCUACCUGGAAAGCUUCGGUGUGAUGGGAGACUCAGCAACCGCUAUGCGAGAUCCAGUUUUCUACAGAUGGCACGCGUUCAUCGAUGACAUUUUCCAGGAGCACAAGAGUACUUUGCCUGCAUACUCUGUGCAACAGCUCGACUAUCAAGGUAUUCGAAUCACCGACGUCCAAGUCGUGACUCCCAGCCAACCGACCAACGUAUUUUCAACUUUCUGGCAACAAAGUGACGUGGAUCUAUCCCGUGGACUUGAUUUUACUCCACGUGGUGCUAUCUUGAGCCGUUUCACUCACCUGAACCACGCACAAUUCAAAUACCGCUUAGCAGUCAACAACCAGGGCAAUGUCGCCAAAAUGGGUACCGUGCGGAUUUUCAUGGCCCCGAAGCUUGACGAACGUGGACUUCCCUUCAGUUUCCGCGACAUGAAAAACCUGAUGAUCGAGAUGGACAAGUUCACCGUCACUCUACGCCCUGGAAACAACACCAUUGAACGUCGAUCUGACGAGUCUUCUGUGACCAUUCCAUUCGAGCGAACCUUCCGCAAUCUCGAUGAAAACAGGCCAAUCGGCGGUGACAGUUUGGCACAAUUCAAUUUCUGCGGAUGUGGUUGGCCUCAGCACAUGCUGGUUGGAAAGGGAUCGAAGGAAGGAUACCCCGUCACUCUGUUCGCUAUGGUGUCCGACAUUAACGGUGACAGGAUCACUCAAGACACAGAGGGUGCGUGCAACGACGCUGCAAGUUACUGUGGCAUCAAGGACAAAAAAUACCCUGACGCACGUUCAAUGGGAUAUCCCUUCGAUCGUAUUCCACGUACCGGAGUUGACACCAUACAACAGUUCAUAACCGGUAAUAUGCGGUUAACCGAUUGCAUGAUUCGCUUCAACGACAUCGUAGUACCUCCGAAAAAUUCCGGUGCCGACAGCAACAGCCUCACAUUCGCGUAAGGUUACGGUUGCUCAAACUUUUCACCGAUCGUUUGAAAAUCUGUCAAGUUCCAGUCUUCCGAUUUUAUUUUUAAUUUUUGAUAACAAGAUUUGGAUGAAAGUUUCUUAUUUUUAAACGAUUAAUUUACCCCACGCAGAUACGGAUUUCUACAAGGCUUUUGAAUUAGACAAUUAAUCUCUACAUAUACUAUAAAUGGUGUGUAAUUUUGUUGAUGACCGCUUGAAAAAUGGAUAUUCUCUUGUGUAAAUAAUACUAGAUGACAUAAGUUAAACAAUACAUUGUAUAGAGUAUAAAAAAAAAUUAAAAUAAAUGGAUAUGUAAUUGAGAUUUUCAUAUUGUGUACCUUUUCUUAUGUCAGUAU